CAAAGACGUUUAAACCACGAUUCGGGUGUUCCUGUUGAUCUCCCUGCUUUGAAUCACCAAAUUCGAUUGAAAUAUCAAGCUGUACCAUACCUUCGGAGACGCAAACUAGCCGUCCAAAAGCGGCUAUUGCAGGUCCCAACCGCCAACUUCCAGAUCCGCGAGAGGCUGGGGAGAAACAGGAACCAACUAAACUUCCUUGGAUCUUCUUCGAUCGUGGUGUGUUGGAGGCUUUAUUUAGCAAACAAUGAUUCUUAUAUUCUCCGAUGAUCUGCUGCAACAACUUUACCACCUUCGUCGCAAUCAACUCGAAAACCACUCUACCGCACACUCACCAUGGGAUUCCGUUCACUACUAAAGAAGGCCUUGACCGAUGAUGACAACAGUAAAUUCUACAAGGUCGACAUUGGCCAGGUCUUCCAGGAUCGCUACAGAGUAGAGACACAUCUCGGAGCCGGCAGAUAUGCUUCAGUCUGGCUGGUGAUAGACACCCAAACAGGCGAACAUGCCGCUCUCAAAAUCCUCAACAGCGACUUUUACAAUGGCCACCACCAGAUCUUCGAACUCGAAGUAAUGCAAAAAGUCACCGCCGUCUCAAACCAGUCACAACACCCAGGCAAAAACCACGUCACCUACCUCAAGAACCACUUCGACCUUGAAGGCCCCACUGGCAAACACGUCUGUAUGGUCAUGCCUUUGCUCGGCGACAGCAUUGCAGAAAAAGCUACAACCGGGCACAUCAUUCGCAUACCACCCCAAACCGUGCGCAACAUUGCAAAACAGAUACUGCUGGCGUUGGACUUCUUGCACCGUGAAUGCGGUGUCAUUCACACAGACCUCCAGCCAUCGAAUAUACUGAAGGACGACCAAGGACAAACGCCAAAGGAAAUUGAUGAGCUAGUUCGUACACAAUCGUCUGGUCCGGAGUUCAAUGAUCCGAACAUGCAAUUCCGCCUCAACGAUCUGGGAAUCGCAUGUUUCGUAGACCAACAUCUGACCGACGACAUUCAAUCUGAAUACCUCCGCGCCCCGGAAAUCACUCUAGAGGCACCUUGGGACCCCAGUGUAGAUAUUUUCAGUCUAGGCUGUUUACUCUUCCAAUUCAUCACCGGCGAUUUACCCUUCGUAGGACGACCUGGCCCUGGAGUUACCGCAGAUCAAGAUCGCAUUGCCACGCUUGUCAGCACAUUCGGUCCCAUACCUAAUGUGGUUUUGGACAAUGCUGCGCAGAGGCAAGAGUUCGAGCAACAGAGUGUUAAUGGUUUGGGCUUCCCUAUAUCCCUGGAGACGAUGGUGGGUCAGAGUUUUGCAGGCGACACGCAGGGCAUGAUGCCGAUCGAUGAAUUGGAACUAUUCUGCGAUUUCUUGAGGAAGAUGUUGGCAAGUGAUCCUAGAGAGAGAGAACAUGCUGAUGCGCUAUAUCGUCAUGCAUGGUUGGCUUAUGAAGGAUAGGAUCUAAGUAUUAAUCGAAAUCUCCAGACCUUGAACAACAC